GUACUUUAGGGAAGCCUGCGGCCCUCCAGACAGGCAGAUGCCCCGCGGGCGUCACCAUCCAGCUCUCGGCAAACCAGAAGAACAAGCUGAAUGACCCUGGAGGAGGAACAUUCAGCUAAGAGGUUUGGAGUGACGGACGUGCCGCUGGAGGCAGUGAACUUUAUUUCUCACGCCACGCAGUCCAGAUUACGCACGGUGCUGGAGAAAGUUUCCUCCAUUGCACAGCACAGAAUGGACUCGUGUAAGGAAGACGAGUGGUGUGAGCCAUCGUCUGAUGUGCGUGCGCAGCUGAAGUUCUUUGAGCAGCUGGAGCGGAUGGAGAAGCAGAGGAAAGACGAGCGUGAGCGGGAGAUUCUCCUCAGAGCAGCCAAGAGUCGCUCGCGGCAAGAAGAUCCAGAACAAGCCCGUCUGAAGCAGAAAGCAAAGGAG